UUUUUUUUGGUGGAUAUGGUGUCUGCCGCCUGGGGAUUUUACUAGUACUAAUACUGUUUAGUCUUAAUGUUUACAAUUUGUAUUCUAAACCUCUAAUGUGAAUCAUAACUUAUACUUAUAGCUUUAUUGUUAAAAAGGCCACAUCUGAAUUAAUGUUAUUCUAGUCUGUCUUCCGAUGAUCUAAUUACCAUGUAGUGUUAUACGUUAGCCAUUAGAUAAGUCUGUUAAUGUAAAUUGUUCCUGUUAUUUCUUGCCAAAAUGUUUGAUGACACGUCGUUGUUGGUUUAUACUCUAUUUUACAUGAUCGUGUCUGCUUGUUUUGUGCUCAGAACUACUGAGUUUGUGUCCAAUGGUAUUACCGUCGAGAACCUGUUGGAAAUUGUGAUUGACAAAGAAUACCACAAUGUCAUAUUGCAUCACAUCAAAAGAACAUCAUAUAGCAUCAUUGUACACUCAUGCUUACCAUUAGUUUAUUUACUAGGCACACUUUUAGUCAAUAACAAUGAAAAGGCGUUUGUGAGUGUAUACUUUUACGAGUUGAUUUUUUUGGCAUUGCUGCCUGUCAUUGGUAGCCUCUCGGUAGUAUCUAAAUGGAAAUCGAAUAAUUGGGCCAAUCAUCCUUUAUCAAUUAUUUUAAGUCGCUACAAUCCUGUUGACUGGACAAUUGUAGCAAAAACCAUUUCAACUGAAUAUCAAUGUCUUCAAAAAUUGACGCUAUCCUAUGGUACAAUAAAUAGAACAGUUGUUACUCAGAACUGGAUAAUAUCAAUAAAACUUUAUAUGGUUUAUGUUUCCAAAAAAUCAGAAAGUUCUUUCUUAGUAUUUAGUUCAGAUAUCCAUAAUUCUACACCUGAUGGCACUCCGGAUAGUAUACAGUUCAUCAACAUUCAAGUGAUACCAAUUCGAUCACGAAUUAAAUGGUUUUUUGUUAGAAUAAGGUCUGAAGACUUUAAGACACUUGAAGAACAUAUUGGCCAUCCUAUACAGAUUGCAGAUAAUGUCAAGUUACAGCGCUCAAGAACUGAACGUUUCAUUGAAGUAUUCCGUGAUCAAGUUUCUCAAAAUCCAAUAUAUAAGGAUUAUAGUUCAGCAGAAUUGGCAGAAGAUGUAUGUGCUGGUUGCUUGGUGAAUCCUCCAGAUGUUAAACUCACCAAAUGUUGUGAAGAUAGCAAUGAUGUACCAAAUUGUACUUCGUGUCAAUGUAGACCUAUGUGGUGUGUUGAUUGCAUGGCUAAAUGGUAUGAAUCAAGGCAACCUCAAAACGACACAACCAUAUGGUUAUCAUCAAAAUGCACCUGUCCACUUUGUCGUCAAAUGUUUUGCAUCCUUGAUGUCUGUCCAUUAGAAAAUUCUGAUUUAGCUAACACUAAUUAAGUAUUGGUUGCUUUGACAACACUACUACUGUGAUAAUGUUUGUAGUUUAAAUAGUAACUUUCAAAUUUUAAUGUUUUGUAAUCUUAAGUAUUUAAUUUAUUAUGUUAAGAUUUAAUGAUUUAAAACUAUGUAAACAUUUUUUUUUUUUUUUUACUUGUUACAAACUACUAAAUAACAUUUUAUUAUUAUUA